AUUUAAUUCAAAAAAAAAAAAAAAAAAAGGAUAGGUUGUGCUAAGAAAAUAAGAAAAGCAAAAGUGAGAGAGCAGUAGGAAUACCAUUCGGCCGGAACCGGUACUGCAAGUGUAAGCGAUCUGAAUUGUUGAGAGAAGCCGAAUCUAAGUGGAAGAUACUGCAGCUCUGAUUUUAGAAAGAGGCACAGUAUCAGCGAGAUGGCAUAUGAAUUAGAUGAACAAAAAAAGGUUGGGUUAGGUCUCAUUGGAUUUGGCAUCUUUUUCACAUUUCUUGCCAUAAUGUUGUUCUUCGACAGGGGUUUGCUUGCGCUGGCUAAUAUACUUCUGUUAGCAGGUGUAGCACUUCUGUUGGGCUUGCGUUCUACAUUACAGCUCUUCAAAGUAAACUACAAGGGCACAAUAUCAUUUAUGCUUGGGCUCUUUCUCAUAUUCGUUCGCUGGCCAGUUGUGGGUAUCAUUGUGGAAAUAUAUGGAUGCAUUAUUCUCUUCGGUUGUUUCUGGCCAUCCAUCAAGGUUUUUCUUUUCCAGAUUCCUGUAUUUGGAUGGAUUCUGCAGUAUCCUGUUCUGCUUCUUGACCGCUUUCGUAGCUGACUGAUUGAUUUGUCUACUCCAGUUAUCCUGUUUGAAAAGGAGGAAGAAUAUACUGAGCUAGGACGCAUCAAAGUUGUUUGUCAUGUAAUGCAGAUUGCUGUCACCUUGAUCUUCAAAUGUAUAUUAUAUAUGUAGAUUAGGAUUAUAAUAAUCAUUAGUUUUUAACUAGCAAUUCUUGUUCUCAAGUUUUCUUAUACUGUCUCCUGUUCCUAUACCAUUUCUAAGGAAAAAC